GUUCGGCUCGGCUUCGGCUGUUGUUAGUCAACUCGCAGGAUCCACCGUGCCAGGACGUGUGUCCGCGGUCGGCACAACCUAACCUCUCCCGCCCGACGAAAACAAGUAUCCCUGUGGGGGAUUCACAGAUUUCCGAUCUCGUCUGAACGGGGAAGUCCCUCGAGUGCUCCGGUUUCGCGACCUUAUACAGUGGCGGUCCGUGCCCACGGCUGGAGGAGGGGCCAUCGAACGCCACGGCGGUAAACUUGGCCUCAUUUUCCGUUUCGUGCUUGCGCGCGCGCGCGUGUGAUUUGUGAAGUGCAGUGACUAUUUCUUCGCCCAGUGGAUUAUUUUGGAUUAAUAUGCAAUGCACACGUGGACGACGACGACGCGGGUGAGCCAGGACGCCCAGGAUGAGCCGUCGGCGUUCGGCCUGACCGCGCUCUCGGCGCUCACCGCCCCGCAGCCCAGCUCCAUGGCUCACAUCGUCAAGUGGUGGCGAACUUUGGGGAAAACGCGCUUCUUCAACGGAUACAAGCAGCUCUCGGCGCUCCAGCAGGACAGCCAUGAUGGCCGGUCGGACACGGAAGAGCUGCUGCUGGGCGGACGUCCGUCGCCCUCGCCCUGCCCGCCCUGCCCGGAGCCCCCGCGGGAGAGCAGGGAGAGCCUCCCCAGUGCCGUGCCCCCGCCGGGCCAGGACCUGCAGGGCCUCAAGGAGCGGGAGCGAGAGCGGACUCCCAGCCAGGAGCGCGCCGCACGGCGAGAGCGCCUGCCGAGCCCCGACCGGGAGAAGGACAAGGAGCGCGAGAAGGCCGACAAGCCUCAGCCUCAGCAGCCCGAGCAGCAGCCCAACCGGCAGAUCAACUUCGAGGAGUUCGAGUGCGACGUGUCGGUGGAGGGCGGAGUCGACGAGGCCGGCCAGGAGCGGCAGGAGUUUUCCUUCACGCUGUACGACUUUGACGGCCACGGCAAGAUAACCAAGGACGACAUCACGGGGCUGGUCAGCACGAUCUACGAGACGCUGGGGGCGUCCAUCACGGUGCCCCACUACGGAAGCAAGACCAUCAAGGUCAAGCUGACCGUGUCGCCGGACAAGCGACACGGUGGCUCCAAGGGCGCCACCGCCACCUACGCCAACACCGCCACGUACGUCAACAGCGGCGUCACCGGGUCCGCGGCCGCCGCCGACAACGCCGCCGAGCCGCAGACGACGCCGCCCACGCGGGUGCGCUUCAAGCGGGACCUCAACGUGACCAUCCAGGAGCGGCGGCCGCUGCGUGUGGCGGCGGCGGCCGCGACCGCGGCGACAGUGGCGACCGCUGCGGCCAACGUCGCCAACGGCUGCCAGUCGCCCCACGCCAAGAAGCGCUCCUCCAGCAUGCAGCGGCAGGAGCUGCUCCAGAUCAUCCAGGCCAACAUGGAGAAGAACAAUCUUUGUUUCCAAACCGCCAAGAAAUCUUGUGCGGAGAAGACAGGCCUGGAGGAAAGGAGACACAGUCACAGUGGGGUGCACCCGCACCACCGUCGCCAGAAGCAAAAGGCUCCUCCGCCGGUCUCCCUGUCAGCAUCGGCUUCCCCGCAACGCAUAUAUGACUAUGCCACCACCCCCUACUAUGUCAAUCUGGCCGACAAGGGAGAGUGCCCGGGGGAUGCUGACACGUACAGAUACGUCGUAUGCACUCCGAAGCACCAGCCCACCUACCACAAUGUUCCUUGCCGAGAACGGGGCCACAACAGGUCGCGCUCCCACGACCUGACCACAAAUUCAAAUACUCACAGCCACGCUCACCAGCACAACCAUAGUCAUUCUCACAACCCUGCCGCACCCCUGUUCCGCUACACUCUGCUCCAAGAGGACACCACCAGCAGUGUGCAGGCUUUCCACGUGAGGCCGUCUCGGUCCCCAGCGAUCACCAGAAGAGCGCGGCUACCGCCCACUGCCGUCGGCCACUCUGGAGUCGGACACACCGCCGUGGGGCACACGUCAUCACCACACCACCUGAAGCAUCGGAACCGCGAGCAGGACCAGGCGAGGGCGAUGGCACAGGUCGUUCAGUGGCUUGAGCAGGAGUUUUCAGCCUCACUCAAUACGAGGACUUCUGCUGGAGUGCGGGAGGUUCUCAUCAACGCAAAAGCCCAGCGCACGAAGAGCAAAGCCGCCGCAUUCGCGCCGGUCCCCGAAGCCCCGCCCCCGCCCGCCCCAUCCGCCCCAUCCGCUGCGCCGAACGCUGCGCCGAAUGCCCAUUCCCAUUCCAACUCCUCUCGACCGGACGAGGAGCCGAGCCCCUCAGGUCCUGGAGUGAAGCAGCACGAGCACCAUCAUGUUCAUGAGCACAUUCACCAUCACUAUCACCAUUACCAAGACACCUCGCCAGUAUUAGUUUAAUUUUGGGUGGGUUAUUGCAUGUUAAAAUUUAUUUUACAUUCCAAUUUUGUACUUUACUGAUUUAAUUUAAUUGUGCUGUUUUUAGCAUAUCUAUGGUUUUUAGCUUUACUGUGUUGAUAGGAACUUUUUUUUUUAAAUCAGUGAUUGCAUAUAUUAGAAAGGAUAAAGCCAAAAGUUGUAAAUAUAUGAGGUAUUAUUUGUUGUAAAGAAUUGUACCAUUCUUAGAAACAUUUACUGUAGUUAUUACUGGUAAGACGUAUGGAGAGCCAUUAUUUUUUAUUUAACUUAAUGAGAGUGAAGUUCAUAUUGAACUUUAAAGUUCCUAGCCUGCUCAGCAGGUGAACCAUUUUUUCUAUUUUCCAUUCAGGUCAUCUCAGCCUUCAAUGCAGUUUAUUAUUUAAACAAUUCCUUCUUUCAAUUGUUUGGAAAAUAUAAACAAGACUUACCGCAUUUGAAUCUGGACAUAGCACUCAAGUACUCUGACGAGUGUUCGUCUUUAGGGGCCUGUUCCUUCAUUCCUCCUUCCCUUCAUCUUUCUUAAAUUAAUUUUCUUAACACUGAUCAUUUUUUAAAAAGUGUAAUGGGCAAUGUUUUUGCUUAUAUCUGUCAGCUUUCAUCUAUGUUUGCAUCAUGCUCAUUUUCACCUCCUUACCUUCAUCAUAAUAUGUCUAAGAGUGUAACCAUGUGACUGCAACAGUGGUUCAUGUGACCUGCUAGUCUCCUUGUAUGUUUGUUUUAAAAUUAUGUGUACAUUAUCCAGAACUUUUGACUUAUUCACUUUUCUGUUAGAAUUGCGUUGUAGGGUAACUUUGUAUCUAGUAGGUGUCCAAUAGUGCUGCAAUAUUUUUUUUCCAACAUACUGUACUUGUGUUCGUUUUCUCUGUAUAAGGUAUUUAUUUUUGCAUAGCUCCAAUUAUUAUGUACCUUUGCACUGUGUUUUGGGUCCAAACUGUUAACCAAUUCGUGGUCAACAUUUUACUGGUGGUAGUAGUUUUGGACAUCAACCAAUUGUAGUAAUUUUGUAGUUAUCUCUACCCAAGUUCCUUAAUUUUCUGUCAAGUUGUAAUUUACGACCUUAGCGAUCGUUUUCAUGAAAGACCCCAAUCUGCACCAUGACUCUGAGCUGAGACUGUUGUUGUUUGAAUUAUGGAAGUAGAGGGUAAUCACCUAGAGGUGUCUUCUAUGUCUUGUGUUUAUGUCUUCUAUGACUGCACUGAAAAGUAUUACUUGCCAUGAGAUGCAAAAUAAUAUCAAUUUCAAUUGGAGCCACUUGAAAGACAAAUAUUAGAUGUUCAGUUGGACAUACUUUGUUUUAAAACUACCGUUGUUUGUUGUUAAAAUCUUUGUUACAUUUGAUAUUUUCAUGUGGAUUACAUGAUUUCUGGUUGUAAUUGUGGAUGUGUGAAUAUGUGGCUUUGUGUGUGGUGACUGUACAUGUAUUGAUGAUUUGUAUAUGUAUUGGAGAUCUUUGAUAAAGUGUAUGAUAUAAGUGAACCUACACAUCUAGGAUUUUGGGUGUGAAUUUAUUAUAACUUGUUAACAGAUUGUUCUUGGAACAAAAAGUGUUGUUGUUUAUUGUUAACAUCCCACUUGAUGGGAAGUCACACUUGAUUCCAUUGACUAGAAAAAUAUCAAAUUGUUCAUUACCUCUUUAACUCAUAUUUGUAUUGCUCUGUUUAUGAAUUGCAAAGUAACAGGAAAUUUGCUAAUAAAUUUGAUACAUAUGUAAUUGAUAAA